AUGGCAGACAUGGAGGUUGCAGUCGAUGGCCGGGCCGAGCGGGGCCCGACUAAGAAGCGGAGACGAAUUGUCAUCUCGUGUACGGAGUGUCAUCGAAGGAAGCAAAAGUGCGAUCGGGAGCUGCCGUGCGGGAACUGCAGGUCAAGAAACAAGGAAUCGAGCUGCUUUUACGAGGCCGGUGCGCCCACGGCCCGCGAACACGAAGCGCAUGCUGGUCUAUAUUCCUCAGAGCAGAACGAUGACGAUGCGUCAAAAUCAAAGUCUGAGCCACUGUCUUCCGUGGCCUCGUCUUGGGGCUAUGCUCAAUCAGGGGGGUCAUCGACGCUGUGCUUCCUCCAGAAAAUCGAGAGAGCCAGCACGGCGGAUGGGGAGGAUGCGCUGACCAAUACCUCAGCAUCGGGCCACGCAUCGCAACAGGAUACGUUUGCGGUCAGGGAAAAGUACAAGGGUCUCAUUCGGCUGCUCCCCGCUAGGAUGUACAUUGACCAAUUGACCGAAAUCUUCUUCUCCGAUCUCAACUGGCAGUACUACCUGGUCGAGCCUCAGCACUUCCACGAACUCUUGGGCCAAUGGACCAAUAUUCCCUUCAGGCUCCUUUCUUCUCGGGGCCCAGAAGCUUUGUCUCCGGACCUGAAGGUGUUUCCGGCGCUCUUAUUCCAAGUCAUUGCGACUGCGCUACUCGUUCUUCCCAAAUCUCUCCAUGAAUCGUUUGAGUCGCUGAAAUAUGCUGCAAACAUGACGUUUGAGGAUCUGGCAAUCGACUACAGCGAGUCCAGUAUGUCUAUCCUCAAUCUUUUGGGCACAAAGUCCCUUUGUACGACGUCGAUUCAGACUGGAUUCCUUCGAGCAUCCUUCCUCAAGUAUACUGCCAACGUUACGGAAUCGUGGCACCAAGUUGGUAAAACGAUAAGAGAUGCACAAGAGCUGGGUAUGCACCGAGAUUCGCUUGAUCCAAAGCCGAAGUCGAACGAUGUAGAGAGUGUCUUGUUAAAUCAAUGGCAAAUUGAGAAAAGGAGACAUCUGUACAUGAUGCUCGGGUCAUGGGAUAUUCACAUGUGCCUCAUCCUAGGUCGUCCCGGUUCUAUGAAUUGGAGACACGGCUUCCCCACACUACCUAUUGACGCCCGAUUUACUGAGGCAUCGGAUCGGUCCAAAACUCCCGUCAUCCCUAGAGAAGAAGGCGUUGACCCCCCAACGCCAUUGACAAGAAACAUACUUCUGUACAAAACAAUGUUGCCACUGCGGGACGUUCUAGACCUAGAACCCGAAGGGCCAUGCCCCAGAGACUUUUCAAAAGUGCACAAGAUACAACAAAACAUCAUGGAUAUACAUGACAGCACGCCAGCCGCCUUCCGGAUAGAUAAUCCAGACAGGCAAUGGGAUCACUUGCCCGAAUUGCACUGGCUUCAUCAGGCAAGGUGUUUGUCUGAACAGAUGUUCUAUUUCACCUUGGUUGCGCUCAAUCGACCCUACAUUUUCCACCGAGAGGAGAGUCGACUUGAGGUGAUUAAGGGCUGCCUCGGUAUGCUAGAAAUGCAGAAGCGCAUGUUUGAAGGACUGCCACCGAAAUCUUGGAAGAAUUGGCAGUUAUUCUACGGCAGCUUUGAUGCAGUCACGCUGAUUGCCUCCAUUUACAUACUAUUUCCUUACGAGAACUCAGAGUUUAGAGAAAUUGCGAUACAGCAUUGUCACUGGACGGUCGAGCGGUUUGCAACCAUGAAAGAUAUGAACCCCUUAGCCAAGUCGGCAUUAGGAGUUCUUCGAGCAGUGGUGGCUAGGCUCGUCAAGGCCGUCGGAAACUGCGCGCCAUCUUCUUCUGUCAGUCCUCCUGUUGAUCCCCUGCGUCACAACUCAAAUACUACUACGCCGACAUCGACGGGGAAGACUUUUGGAUCGACACCAGCAAGUUCGGUUGGCAGGGCUUCAGUGGAAGGAAGCUUCAAAGGAGCUCCUGAAUCCAUAUCGUCAGCUGCAGCAGCCAUUCCAUCAACUGCCGAGGAAUCGUCGGCCUGCCUUUCGACAAUGAUGCCCGGUGGAUGGGAGCUGCAACAAGAUGGAAAUGGAAAUAGCUUUCCCUCGAUAGCGCCGUUUUUCGCGAUGGGAGAUCUUAUAUAUAAGGAUCUAACAGUCGAUCAGAUCGACGAUGUACCACCACAGACAGAUUCUGAUCCGUUACUACUGGGAGGCUCAUUCAUGUGGCAAUUCGAAGGAGGCUUUGGGGAAGACACAGUGUGGCAGUUCUUGAAUCAGCAUCAGACCAGCGGCAACGAAACCGGCUGA